AGAAAUGAAAUCGCAACCGUACACCGCCUCAUCCGUCACUUCGACGUCUACAACACACCAUCCUUGGAUGCCAAUCUCGCUCCGAGAGCCGCCAAGCAAGUUCCAGAAGCUUAGCACAUCUGACGCAGCUCCACUUCACAACGUCUGCAGCUCACUGAAAAUGAAAUCCACAAAACCAUCCCGAAAGCGUCCAUCUCCAAAGGAAUCCGACCUACCUCCACUUCCAUCUAUCUCAACGCUCUUCGACUCUGGAUCCUCCUCCCACAGCUCAAGCUCCAGCUCCAAUUCAUCCUACGGCUCAUACUGUCAGUUCUCACCCGAAGGAUCCUACACCAUGUACCACUGGCCGAUGAACUACAUUCCCUAUGUGUCACCAGAUGUCACAAUCACAGCCACUACAUCUACAUCAACAAACGCCAUGGCGAGCCCUGAUCCGAUAAUGUUGAGCUCUCCCCCGAAGCAGCCAACAAUCGAGCACACGCCAAUCAAUCAGCCACUAUUCAUUCAAACUGCAGACUAUCCAUAUGAUUACUCUGCUCCAGACCCAACUGGUGGAUAUCCCAGCAGUGCCACUAUCAACGCAAAUCAACUAUUACUCCGUCCAGUUCCAAAUGGACAUGUCUAAGCUUCUUCCUUUCCCGAAUCUCACCAAGAUCCCUGUUAAGUUUCAACCAGUUUCGUUUUUUUAAUUUUCAAUUUUUUUGCUCGAUAUCCUCCUUCUCUCCUUAUCAUCUUUCCUUAUUUUUCCAUCAACUUCUCAUGUUUUUCUUCGGGUCCACCAAACGACCUCAAGUUUUCAUUUUUAUUCGAGUUGCCUCUUCUCUCUCUGUUCCCCCAAAUCCAUAAAUCAACACGGGCAAAUCCCCAUCUUUCUCUUAGCCGCUUUAGUUUCCUAUGUAUUUUGCUCCCAUCAGCAUUCUGAAUUUUCAACGGUCUUUGUGUACAUUUCCUUUCCUAUCCCUCCACUAUCAUUCUUCCCUUCCCUCCAAAAAGCAUCGUCUCUCAACGUUCUCGUUUUCUCACGGAUUUCCGAUUCAAACCAAAACAUUGUAUUUUUCAAUUUUAUACAACGUCGACAAAGAAUCCUUUUUCUUUUUUUCCGAUCAUCAUAAUAAUAAAACGUGUUUUGUCAU